AUGGAGGGCGGCUUUCCUAAUGGUGACGGGGGACGCGGGGCGGCGCUCGGGGUGCGGGGGUGCGCGCGGCGCACGCACCCCAUUGGCUGUGCGGCCUGCGUGAGUGCGUACUCCCCCUGCCGCGUGCGUGCCUUCGCGCGUUCGCCAGUCACACUCCGACCGCCGCGACAGACGGACGUGCUUCCCUCGGCGUCAACUGAAGUACGCGCGCCCGCUUUCCCCGUAACAGUUGUAUUUCACGCGUAUUGGGAC